AUGUUCAAAAUCGAUGGAAAAGAGGAACAUUUCCGGUUUGCAAGAUUACCAUUCGGCGUCGAAGCCAGUCCCUUUCUGCUUGGAGAAACGUUGGGAUACCACCUUGAGCAACAGCCGACAGGAUUUGAGGAAACUGUGACAGCUCUUAAAGAGAAUACAUAUGUUGAUAACAUCAUGAAAACUGGAAGUGAUACUGACGACUUGAGGAAAUUUAAAGAAGAAAGCUCCAUCAUUCUUGAGGAUGCCAAAUUCCCAAUCCACAAGUUGGAAUCAAACAUCGCGUGCCUCGAAGACGAAAACAUGCCAAACCCAAGUAAAAUAUUCGGACACGUCUGGGAUAAACAAGAAGAUACAUUAGAAUUCGAAGCAGCAACCAUGCUUGAGAACCAACCAGUGACAAAGAGGAGCAUUUUGAGUGGGUUAGGAAGAGUCUACCAUCCUUUGGGAAUGGUAUCGCCUACCAUGGCUGAGGGUAAGCACAUAUUUCGAGAUGCCUGUGAAGAAAGAAAAGGUUCGAAUGCUGAAGUGUCAGAAUCCUUGAAAAGGAAGUGGAUGAAGUGGAACAAUCAAAUGAAGAAUGUUAAAGUUCCUAGAGCUAUAACUAAGAAAUCGGACGUGAUUGAAGGCAUUCAACUCCAUUUGUUUGCAGAUGCUAGUAACCUUGCUUGCUGUGCAGCAACAGUCGCAGUGCUAGAGCACAAAUCAGGAACUGUGAAAGGUCCGUUAACGUCCAAAUCCCGAAUUUCCAAAAAGAACACCACAAUACCGAG